AUGCCCGCACUGUGCUCACCCCUCGUCUCACUAAAUCAGCCGAACCGAAGGUUCUUGGUUGAUGCACCCUGCGGAGGUCGGCCCGGCAAUGGGCUGGUGACGGCAGAUCAACUGGACGAGUCUCCACCUGUAGGCCCGGAAAGGGCU